UCCUUCACCAUACAGAGCUCCAGACCUCCUCUGGGAACAUCCAAGACACAUCAGUACACUACAGGCCCUGCAGACGUUUACUCACCUCUCAACAGCUCAACAGCUGCUGGUACUCUGGUAUUUAAUCAGAUGUGCUUCUGAGUUGUCAGUAGACUUGAAUAGAGGGAUUUAAAGCCGCUGACUGAUGAAGUUUUGGAGCAUGAGGGUGAGCCAAGUGUUGCAGUUGUCCACUUUACUGGUAGGACUUCGCCAUAUCUGGUGUUCUCCUGCACUAGGUCAGGUUCCUGUGUCUCAGGUGAAGAUGCUCUCGCUGGGUCUGGCUCACCUGCUGGAAGGGGUGAGUGAGAACGUGGAGCGACUGGAGCAGCACGGAGAAAUGAUGGGAAGAGAGAUGGACGGGGCAACAAAGCGUUUGGAGAGCCUUCGUAAGAAAAAUAUACAAGUGGGACGGACUCACAAACAGGUGAGGAAGGUCCUGCAGACAUUGUCUGCCAGGAGGGACAGACAAUGGAGGACAGUCAGAGACCUGCAGAAGGAGUCGGAGGAUCUUGAGACUGAACAGGCAGCCAUGCAACGCCGCAUGAACCGGAUCCUCCAGAGUAUGAAGAGCCUGACUGAGGCAAGGUCAGGGGGUGGGGCUUAUACUGACAUCAGCUCCAUGAAGGUUCUCAUUGAUAAACAGGCCCGAAGACUUGCCAGCCUGACCUCUGAGGUCUCUGCGUGGGAGAGAAUGAUCGACAGACGCCAGCAGUACAUCGAACAUCUGGAGAAACAGCUGUCUUCAGAUGCCUAAAAGCCUCCCAGCAGCGCAGAGGGCAGAGGUUCACCCAGACUGUGACCGAUGAGCACAGCUGCAUCAACACUGUGUCUCUGACCAACUUACAGGCUGAGACUGAUGCUGCAAAACUGACAAGGCAAACAGCUCUGACAGUCAGCCAUGUGAGACGUCAGUGCCUCUUUAAACUUGUGCGCCAUCUGCAUCUCACAAGGACGUAUUGUUUUUUUACAGCAUAAAGCAAAUAUUUUUACCCAAAACAUAAUAAAACAUCUCAAUUUCAACAAAAUUAAGUAUGAAUAUAUAUAUUAAAGAUCAAACCUCUUUUUACCAAUUUUUGAGCUUUGGAGCCUAAUGCAAAAAGCUGUUUGGAUUCCUCAUCUCGUAUUUAUAAAUCAAAAUCAUCUCACCAAUCCUCAGAUUUAUAUGGAGGCCUCUUAGAGAGGCCGGACUCUCAAGCUGGGCACCAGUGAUUAAACUAGCUAACUAUUGUUCAAGUAAUUAAAACAAUAACACCCCCUCUGUUCUGUGAAACUUCUUUUACUUUACGGGAGAUUCUUGUGUUAUUCAGAGUGCUUAAAAGCAGGGCUUUUACUUCUAAUAGAGCAUUUUUCUAUGUUAUUUAGAGUUCGUUGUGUCAAAUAUGUUGUGGAAGUGUUCUGUCCUCAGCUGCCUGUUUCUAAAGGUUUGAAAACACUACUUGACCUGUUCCUGAGUCAUCACGUUGUGGCUCUGACUUUCACAAUGUUGUGGUGAUGAUGAAACAACUCACGAAGAUAGUUUGCACACACUCACUGAAAUAAACAUGAGCGUAGUGAGACGGCUGUUCAGCACACCCACCGAUAAAACAAAUCAUCCAGUCGAGUCACACUGAAAUUUUUAAGAACUAAAAACUGAAAAGGCAAAGUUAGACUUGGUCAUGCUUUUAGACAUUAUUUAACUUACAAGUUACACGAAAGAACACAGAAAUUAAAAGACUGUGCCAGAAUAUUGAGCUAAGACUAUAUUCUAGGAUUCAACACCUGUCGCACAGCUCUUUAACGAGCAACAGAGAAAACAGUGUUUGUCAUUUUGAUGUCUCCGGACUGAAAUUUGUUGGAAAUUAUACAUGUUUUGACCUUGAUCCUAUAUUACAGAUGAUCUGGAUGUUGGUUUUAUGUGUUCGUGUUGUGGGUGGGCCAUUCUUGAAAAUGAGAUUUUUGAUCUCUGUUAUACUUUUACCUGGAUACGUAAUGGACAUAUACUCCCUGGCUUAAAGAAGAAGAAGAAGAAGAAGAAGAAGAAGAAGAAGAAGAAGAAGAAGAAGUCACCACCUGGAUUUAACUAAGAAAACAGGUAAACCAAGAAAACAGUUGAGAUUACUGAAGCUGCUGAAACUGGGUUAAGAACUGUCCGAUACAUUAUUAAAACCUGUAGGGAUAGUGGUCAACCAUCAAACCGCAGUUAUAAACCCAGAGUUUUGAAUUUUGUGGCUGCAUGAUUUUUUGUUUUAGUUCCAUAUUGUUUACGGUCUUCAGUUAUUCUGGUACUUUUGUGUCUUUUUGUCAUUUAUGCCUUUAGUUGUGUUGCUUAGGGUGGCUUUAGGUGUGUGAGCUCCCUUUCGGGAUCCCAUUCUGUUCUUUCAGUCCUGUCUCUAUGGUUGUCUUGCUGCAUCAAGUUUGUAUGUUUAAGUCUUUGUCUCGGCUUAAGUUAUUUCUUGUUUUAUUUUGAUAGUCUCUCAUCUGGUGUGCCUUAUGUUGAGUUUAACUUCCUUUGUCUCAUUAUUCCUGAUUUGUUCCUGCUGUGUUUCUCACCUGUUUUUCUUUAGCCUCAUUACUUUUUGUAUGCAUUGAGUCUCCUCUUGCCCUUUGUCGUGUCCUCUCCUCCUUUCCCUGUGUUUCGUGACAUUUUUUAAUAUUUGGAUGUUCUGUAUUCCUCUGAGUUAUGGUGUUAAAAAACGCCACAGGGAUAGCAGGCUGUAAUCAAAGCUAAAGGUGGUCUAAUGCUGUGUUUGUUUGUUGUUGUUUUCUAAAGUGUAUUGUGCUUAGUAUUACACAACACUGCAUAACCAAUA